CAGCUCCAGUCGCGGGAAGUUUGUCAUGGCGCUGUGUGUGGACGUCCAUCGACUUCACAUCAUCACAAUAUUGUUCUUAACUUAAUUAUGACACACAUUUUUAUCCAACGUGUCAUGAUUCUACUUAUUUAGAGCGACUUUUUAUACAGGUAUUUGCCUGGUUUUCUUGCGCGCUAUGCUUUAAAAACCUCUCGUUAGCACUUAGCUAACUACAGUUUGUUAUCGCCUCAGCGAUGGCCGCGUCCUGAAUGGCUCAGUGGCCCCCUUUGUAAGGGCUCUACAUAGGGAUAAAGAGUCAGAAUGUCGGAGGAAUGUCUCACAAGUCAAGAUAAAGAAGAGCUGAGGCGGAGACUGAAGCUGCUGCAGAAGGAGUAUGAGAGAACGGCACAGAGAUUACAGCGUGCGGAGCGGAGAGACGCGGUGCGUAAGCAUGUCCAGAACACCAUCUUGGCACAAAACAGUCUGCUGCACGUCAACACAUCAACCAUAUUGGACCAAAGCCUCUCUUCUACACCAGAGCAGCUUUCUAACCAGACUAUUCCUUCAGAUGCCACUAAGGUUCGCUUCCAUCUUUCUGACGCCGCUCCUUUUUCCACCCUGACGUGUAAACGCAGCCCGUCACGAGCACACCGUCUCCGCUCCAAGCGAAGCCUUCUACGUCUGCGGGUCAAGGAGAGAGAGUCUGAUACUGAAGGAAGUCAAAAAGAGACGAUAGAGGGAACGGAAGACAGGUGGAGGGAGGAGAAUGGAGAGACAGAGAGCGAGCGUGUGCGUGAGGCAAAGGAGAAGGUCAUAGAGAGAGAAGGGACUGAGGAGGAAAGGAAACAGGAUGGGGAGAAUACUGAGAAGACAGAAAUGCCAAAGGAAAAGGAAGAAAAAUUGACAUCAGUAAAUCUUCAGUCAGCAGCGGAGCGCUCCCCUUUAAUCGAAUCACCUCUAACGAAGCUCUUAGGCGUUAACGUCCCUCUUCCUCCUGACCAAUCAGCACUUAGAAAGUCCCCGUCAUCCUCCUUCCAUUCCAGCCCCAGUGAUCAUUCUAACCCGUCAAACGAAACCUUGAGUCAGUCCUGCCCCGAGCCCGUUAACCAGGUCCAGAAAACUCCAGGAAACACCGAUUACAUCACUUCCUGCACCUUAAUCGAAGGUUUGCCAUUUCCUGUCGAGUAUUAUGUCCGUACCACCAGGCGAAUGGCGUCGGCUCACAGCCCCGUGGAUCUGAACGCUGUGAUCCAGAGCCAGCUCUCAAACGGGCGGGGCAGACGGAGAUCAAACAGAAGUCGCCUUACAUCACAACCCUCAUCUGAAAAACCUCAGGAGAAAAGAGUCCCUAAGAAACGAGGUCCGAGAGGACGGCGAGGACGCAGGAGAGCGUGCGAGUCUGAUUCAUCUGGUCAGUCCGAGUCCCUCCUCCAAUCGCCAUCUUCACCCCAAACACAGGAACUGAUACCGUCCUCCAGACAGAACUCUGACGCUGCUCCGGAUUCUCAGCUUCACCUCAGCUGGGAGCGCUCCCCAGAGUCCGGAGUCUAUCCCAUUUUCAGGAAGAGGCGCGGACGCCCUCGCGGUUCACAGUCUCAAAGUCCUGCGAGCAUUAACGAUUUCUCACACCUUUUGCUUUCCUUACCGUCCCUCACUCGGGCCCUGAGGACGAGGGAUUUCCGUCACCUCCACGGUCUGCUCAUGACCUUCGACGUGCAGGAUUUUCACCUCCCUGAUGACGAGUUCGGACAGCUGAAACUAGAGCGGCUUUGCUCGUCCUGCUCCAACGCCGAAUCCUUCACGUACAACGCGUGCUUCAGAAAGAUCGGGCUUGCGAAUAAUCGCGAAAGUGGACCAGAUGAAGAGCAGAAGGUCGCUCUGAACUCGUUAGCACGUAGCACUUCUUUAGAGAGCAGUCUUCCUUUAACGUUUACUGAACAUUCAAGGGCCGAACAAUCAGAGCACGAUAUUGUGAGGCAGACUCUCGAUAUAACACCAGAACCUGACAGUCUUUUGCAGGGAUCCAUCACAAACCAGUCGGAACCACAGCACAACAGCAUAGAGCGAACCAACUCAAACGCUCCUCACACACACUCAGCUGGCCGGAGUGCAGUGCUAAACCUCAGCAUGUCCCUGACCUCACACACUCAGCCUGAUCACCAUCCUUCUCUCAUCUCACUGGGGGCGAGUCCUGACGUGUUAGACCCGGCCCCCUUCUCAGAGCUCACGCCUUUCCCCUUGUGUUCGGAUCAGGAGAAAGUGAAAAACAGAACACCUGAACAUGUGUACGACGAGAUCAGAACUGAUGCAGUCAGCUGUAACGCACAGACACGGGCGCGUGAUGUCUCGGAGCACGCGUUCGACACGACGUGUAGUGGUGACGUUUAUAAAACGGAGGUUAAAGCACCUGAAACAGCGAACAACGUCUUGAUAACCGCUGACGUGGAGAGACAAGGGUCUGACUUUACUGGUGAAAAAAGAGUGACGCUAGUGAACUUCAGCCCACAGGAAGGAGGCGCGGACGUUCCUGAGAUCAUAAAGCAAGUUUUAGUUUGCUCAGAAGCAGGGAACCAGCAGCAUACUGUUCAUUCUUGUUCCCAGAACGACCCGGCUCCUCCCCCGAGCGACCCGGCUCCUCCCCCGAGCGACCCGGCCCCUCCCCCAAACGACCCUGCUCCUCCCCAGAACGACCCGGCUCCUCCCCAGAACGACCCGGCUCCUCCCCCGAGUGACCCUGCUCCUCCCCAGAAUGACCCGGCUCCUCCCCAGAACGACCUGGCUCCUCCCCCGAGUGACUCAGCUCCUCCCCCAAAUGACCCGGCUCCUCCCCCGAACAAUCACAUUCCUCCCCAAAACGACCCUGCUCUUUCUCAGAAAAAACACCUUACUCAGAAAGACUCCCCACUUCCUGAAAGUUUCCCUUCUCUUUUUGAAAAUAGCUCCCUUCUACCAAACAACCCUGUCCUGUCUCAAAACGCUCCCCCUCUCUCUAAGAAUACUCCUCCCCUUUCCCAUAAUGUCCCCCCUCAUUCUAAUCAAAGCCGCCCGAGCGAGGCUCCACACACCGAUGAGCUCUACACCGUCUCUGAAGUGGAUUUUCAUUCCCAAACCCUAACGAGCAGAACAUCACCACAUGGAGAUAAUGACAACAUGUUAAAUGACAUGACAUCAUCACUUCCUGUUCUCGCAGCCAAUCAGACAGAAGACGGCGACGCCACUCUGAGUUUAGUUAAAACCGGUCGAACACACACUCGAGAUUCCCAUGUGGACCUCCUUUCCUGUGGAUCUCUUCGGAAAACUCACACGCUGAAGGCGCUGGACGGAGGGUGUGUGUUGGAUGUGUGUGUGGUGCGAUGGCCGUCUGAUGACUGGUGUGUGUGUGUUGCCGGGGAGUGGAAUGUGUGUGUUUGGAAGCAGGAAGCUGGCAGCCAGCAGUGGAGUCUUCUGUACACUUGGACCUUCACACAAUCAGUGAUCUCUCUUCAGGUAAUUCCUGACUCUUCAGCGCUGCUUUGUGUGUGUUUGGGGAGGCUGGAGAUCACAGAGGCAAGGGUGCUGUUCUGCCCCAGUACAGAUAGUGAGUUCUCCCAGACUGAUCUGUGUAAAGCAGCGCUGCAGGCCGUGCUCGCUGUCUCGGAUCGCAGGGUGGCGUGUUGCUCCGCUCCCGGACCUCAGCAGAACCUGGAGGUGUUUACACUUACUCAGGAUGGCAGGAUCAGAGAAUCUCUGUCCCUGGUCUCCGGUUAUCAGACGGUCCAGACACUGGUGUUGGUGGAGAGGGAGAGAGACGCCCUGAUUGGUUGGACCGAACACAACAGUCUCCUCAUAUGGAACAUGAGAUCAGGCCUGCUGCUCCAGACUAUUCGCCUGGCAGAGAGCGUUUCCACGGCAACCUGUCUGAGAGGAUACUCGUACAGGGGUGCACUGUGUGUGUUACUGCAGGAGGCGAGUACGUGCCAGGAAGAACUCGGUUCUACACUUUUUACUCUGGUCGCGGCAAAUCCACUGACGGGCGAUUCUCUGACCCUGCGCACCAUCAGCACCCCGUCAGCCUCCGCAGAGCGGUUGAUAGACGGAGAUGUGUGUGAGUCCGCGCUCGUAGGCGUUUUCCAGUCAGGACUGGCUAUCUGGAAGCUUACAGGGGGCGUGGCCUGUGUGUAUGCAAACGAGCCAGCAGAAGUGUGCCGCCUGGCGCGGUGGGCGGGGCCAAACACGCUCCUCACCGGAUACCUGAACGGGGACGUGAACAUCUAUCAGUUUACACCUGCAGAGUAAAAAAAAAUAAAUCAAGAUUAUUAAUUAUACAAAAAGAAAGUUUAUACGCUGAGACAGGAUCUUCUUCAGUUCUUCAGUAAAAUACACACAGUUCUAAACACACACACAACAUGCACUAAAUGUGUGGGAGAAAUUUGAUAUGUUCUGUAUUACUGUAAAAUUUUUUUGCUUACAAAAUAAAAUCUGACUUUUAGAGACACAUGA